CACAAUUUCAAACCAAACAAAUUAAAAACCUUCACCACACUAGAAACUUAUCCACACAAGUGAAGAAAACCCUGUGUCCAUUUUCCACAAUUACACAAAAAGUAACAACAACAUGGCUCUGGAGAAUUGUUUAAGAGUAUCCACAGCAAGACCCCAUUGUCUUCCUCCAUUAUUUUCAUCUUCAAGGGAAAAGCUUGUUUUCUCAGCUCAAAGAGGAGGGUUCAAGAAAUCAGUGCAAAAUGCAACAGUAUCACUCCCAUCUCUUUACUCAACAGGUGUUGCCUACAGAAAAUCUCGUUUUGUUUGCAAUGCUCGUGAAGCAUUAAAUGAAGUUGGAGUAGUGACUGACGCAAACUGGAAUGACCUUGUCCUUGCAAGUGAAAUCCCUGUGCUGGUAGAUUUUUGGGCAUCAUGGUGUGGUCCAUGCAGGAUGAUAGCGCCUAUUCUCGACGAGUUAGCGAAAGAAUAUGCUGGAAAAAUUGCUUGCUACAAGCUCAACACAGAUGAUUGUCCAAACAUAGCAACAAAGUAUGGCAUCAGAAGCAUACCAACUGUUCUAUUUUUCAAAAAUGGAGAGAAGAAAGAAAGUGUAAUUGGUGCAGUUCCCAAGUCUACUCUGUCCGCAACACUGGAAAAAUAUAUUGAAGCAUGAACUGAGAAAAAGUGAUAUAUAAUGAAAAGCAUUACAGUAGCAACAAUGGAUGGAUUGGGAAGGAAGAAAUUACUUUAGUGAAAUUGCUGAUUUUUCAUUUUAUCCCAUUCAUUUCCAUUUCCUACAAGGCUAAAGGUAGUUUGUAUGUUUUAUCAUAACUAUGUAAGGAUCAUCUUUCCAUCUAUGGUUUCAACACAUUGAAUAAUCCUUGUAUAUUUCUUUUAUUUUUCAUCAUUUUGUAAAGGUUAUUACAUUGGAUAAACAGACAUCCUUCAAUGUUUGAAUGCUGAUUACCUUCAAAUUGAUGAUUGCUUGGGAUAA